UUGAUGCUACUGGGGCAGAUUUCAGUUGAAUUGCGCACAGAAUCAGAAGCUGUCAGUCGUUCGAGACGGUUCACAAUAAGCAGUCUCCAUCUAUUCACUCGAAUUCUACAGAGUUUGCUACUAUAGUUGUCUAGAAAGAUGAAAAACAUAAUGCUAUCGGCUGGUGUGUUUGUUGUCGCCUUCCUGUUGGCUGGCACAGAGUUGUGGCCUUGCGGGACUCACGCAGCGAGUCUGCUCAACUAUGGCGACGAUGCGACACUUUUGACAAUUGCUGGAGAAAAUGACCCGUCGAGACAAAAACGACAAUUGAGGGGAACACCGAGCACGGAGCAAGACAACACGGGAUUUGUUGGGAGAAAGAGUCGAAUAGCCCCCGUGCCUUCCGCACCGUUCACGGCGGAAUAUUUGGAAAAAUCGCGAAUGAUCUUCGACGCUCACCAGAUCCUCUACGGUCCUCUAUGGGAAUUGCAGGGGCAGUUCCCGAAUAAUAAUCGCGAUGAUUCUGCCGAUCUCAGCAAAGUCUUGAAUUACUUCAAAAACGUCCAAAACAAAAAUUAUAACCUGAACACUCUGCCAGAGAAUUUGAAAAGGAAUUUCCCCGGAACCGAACGGUUCCACCAAAUGUACCACAUGCGCAACGAAAUUUCCCAUCAGAGUUACUCGGUGGCCUGUUUCGAUUCGGACAAGAAAGUCCUAAUCGCGGUGGCCAAAUACUGGGAUGGCGUAACAUCAAGCGGCGGGAGUUGGCAAAGAAGCCCAGUCACUGCGAGUCCUGGCAUCAGAAACCGACAAACGUUGGAAUUAGCUAUCACCUUGGCUCUCGGGUACAGUGGAAGGUCAUCUACAUCGAACGCAAACAACAACCAAUGCUCCCGUCCUGCGACUGUCACCACUGGUAGCGGUGGGGUUUCUUCUCAGACUUUUAAUUCGAGACGUUCUACUCCUAGACCUUCUAAUGCAGGAAGGCUUUCUGGCAGUGCGUAGUGGCAGGCAUCAAAUUGCAAUUGCAUAAUUGUUUAUCGUUUUGAAGUGAAUUAAUCGCUAUGUAACAUGAUUGCAUGCAACUUUUAACAGUGGUUAUUGCUAAGAACACAAGCAAUCACACGGGAUUGCUACUAGUUCGGUGAAAAUUCAAUACAUUGCGUCAUUAACCUAAA